GUCGGCUUCGUUUUCCGAUCUGUUAUUCCUCGCUAGCGACUAGGGUUAUCGAUAAACUCAGGGUCGAUCUUGACACUUCGUUCGAGGGGUCUGCGUGUCUGCGUGGCACCGGCGCGUACGGUUUGACCACGUCAACAUGAGUCGAUUCUAUUUCGGCGGCUCCUCAGCCUCCUCUGGGGACGACUCCGACGAAGACAAUCUACCAUACCCAACCCCCCUCCAGCGCUCCGACUUCCUCGCCCCCGCCUUCUCGCCCUCCGCCUACCUUAGCUCUCUCCAUAAUCGCCAUCAGACGCUCGAGGAUCUGCGCUCCGAAUUGCGCGCGCGAAGUCAAUUACUCAACAAGGAGCUAUUGGAUCUCGUAAAUUCAAAUUACCAAGAUUUCCUCAGCUUGGGCGGCAGCCUUCGAGGCGGUGAUGAGAAAGUUGAGGAGGUUCGCGUUGGAUUAUUGGGGUUUCGCAAGGAGGUCGAGGCCGUGAGGAAGAAGGUCUUGGAGAAGGAAGAGGAGGUCGCAGAUUUGGUGGACGACAAGGUGGACAUCAGGAAGCAGAUCGCUGUGGGUCGGGCAUUGCUGGAUGUCGAGGCACGACUAUCAGCAUUAGAGGAACGGCUUAUGGUUGAGUCUGCUGGAAAAUCCGGGCCGGGCAUAAAUGGGGAAGAUGCUGUCGACAUAGACAGCGAGGACACGAGCGACGAAGAGGAUGAGGAGGGUCAAUCUGUGUCGAUUGCGAAGCUACAAAAACACGUCCACCAAUAUCGCCUCAUUCAGAAAAUUUCCGAAAAAAUUGGGUCUGAACAUCCAUUCAUUGUCGGCCAAGAACCGAGGGUGGUCAAGGUGCGGAAUACAUUGUUGCUGGACCUAAGCAAUGCGCUCAAGCAGGCGAAAGCUGCAGGUGCCGACGGAGUUGAUCGAGUCAUGAGGAUCAUGGGCGUGUACCGCGACAUGGACGAGGCUGCGGAAGCAGUCACAGUAUUGAAGUCAUUAAGGGGUUGAUGCACUCUGCAUUCACAUGAUAGGCAUAGCGAGGGCGUUAGGUGAUAUAAAUUUACACUGCAUGUACAACCUUCUCAUCUACAGCGCGACUCAAAAGGUUUCAGCUGUCAUGUCUUUUGUCGGAACGGAGUUUGCCCCCCUGAACUCUCCAUUCAGACUGAAUCCUGGUGAAUUUGUAGAGCUCAAUACCUAUUUAAAUUAGCAAUGGGAUCUCAGUCAGGAAUAUUUGAAACUUACCACCUCGUGGAUGUCCUUCGAUAUUCGGUCGCUCAUCUGAGCAAUGUCCUUCUUGACCU